AUGACUCUUGAAAAUGACAAAGCAUCCCCUCGUAUGUUUUAUGAAGGUGAAAGUAAAUUUCUUGAAUUUAAAAUUCAUGAUGUCACUUUUUGUUGCAACCUUCCAAUGCCGAACGAACUCACCUUUAAAUCGGAAGGAUGCAAAAAGUUAAACGAUUUUACUAUAUUCCGUAAAGUGCUUCAACAACACUUGCAAAAAAAAUCGGACAAUUUAAAAAUUUCUCGUAUUCAAAAUGUUGAUAUUUCUUCGCUAUCGGGAGACAUUUGGAAUAAUAGCUCUGAAGCAUUUAAAAAUAUGUUCAAGUUGUAUGCUAAAGAAGUUAAUGACAAUAGGAUGAGACAGAAAAAAUUGAGUUUUAUUGUUAAUACAGACCCAACAGGAAAAAAGAAAAGGCCUAGGAAGACGAAUAAGAACAAAGAAAGAAAGAAUAAUCAUUCUAAACAAAUUAUAGACAAAAUGAGACCAAAUGUCGCAUCUAGCAUCAUCGACGGUUCAAGCUUCAAUAACGAUCCAAUCGUACAAAAAAUGAUACGUUGUAACAAUGACGUAAAAGAAACUCCGAAACACCCCACACAUCUCAAUAUGGUUUCUCCAGUUACAUAUAUGCAACCACAAUUAUCUUCGACAUCACUUCAAACCUGGAAUAAUUUAUUUGACAUGUCUGACUUUAUAGAUGGCAUAACUUUUCAACAACUUCACACCGACCAUUUCACACCCAUUUCUCUAAACAAUACACACACAUAUAUACCUUCACUCUCCUGUCAAACCACUGUCGAUAAUUUAACAAUUAAAGAUAAUUAUGGCGCGGGAAUUUCUGUUUCUAUGGACGAGAACAACGUUUCUGGUAUCUUAGAGGGUAUUAACUUUAAUAAUGACAAUCCAUCGUUCUGUGAUAACAUUGAUGGUGCCAAACUACUUUCAACAAAUGUUGUUACUAAUGAAGUGGACAUACUCGGUGUUAAUUCUAUGAUUCACCAACAAAUUAACCCUAUGGGCUAUAUGCACCCUUCUAUUUCUCCAGAUGACUUAUGCGCAUAUAUACAACACUUUGAGACUGGUAGUAAUCAUGUUCCGAGUAUAGACAUGAUGUCUAUGUUUCCUGACAAUAGAUAA